UAUUAAUAGCUAAAGAUGGCUUUUGGCUACUGGAUAUAUCCUGCCCACUUGGCUGAGGGUUAGGUAGCCACAACGCUCAACCAUGACUGACACUGUGGUUGGCAACAGCACUGGCCAGUGGAGGUAUCAAAAUGAGAGACAGAUGGCCCAUCGAGCCGGGGCCUCUGGCAAUUGGUCAGUCCACGGGAACCAACCGGAGCGAGCGCGGAAGAAUGAUGAGCUGACAGACGAGGAGAAGGAGAUCAUCAACAGGGUCAUUGCUCGAGCUGAGAAGAUGGAGGAAAUGGAGCAGGAGCGCAUUGGACGUCUCAUGAACCGCCUGGAGGACAUGCGCCGGAAUGUGGCGGGUGACGGAGUGAACCGCUGCAUUCUGUGUGGGGAGCAGUUGGGCCACCCGGGGUCUGCGUGCGUGGUGUGUGAAGACUGCAAAAAGAACGUCUGCACCAAAUGUGGCAUCCAGACGACCAACAAUCGCCCCCAUUCCAUCUGGCUGUGCAAGAUUUGCAUCGAACAGAGAGAGGUGUGGAAGCGCUCUGGGGCUUGGUUCUUCAAAGGCUUGCCAAAGCAAAUGCUCCCAGAGCCGAUGCCUGUGAGCAAGAGCAAGCCGCAAGCUGUGCCCAGUGAAUCAAUCCCAGCAGCUCAGGACCCGAAGCCGUACUCACGCCGGCAGCCCCCCGGCCAAGGUGAAGCUCCUCCUCUCGCUGAGCAGGAAUCUUAUGGCAACGAGCCAGCAGCAGUGGCUUCCAGUCGGGGAAAUUAUUCACAAGUUAGCCGCAAACCUUCCGAGGCCAGAAUGGCACCUAGUGGCAGCGAAUAUACCAGUGAGGGUGCUGAAAGCCGGGGCAGCUCUGGAGUGACCGAAGCCACCAGAAGCCCUGGAGGUGUAAAACGGGCCAAUUCCGUUCAAGCUGCCAGUGCCAGGCCACCUCCUCCAGCUUUGAACCAGAGUCCAUCUGCCCAGCUGGCAGACCAAGGUGGUCUGUCAGCGGCUCCACCCCAAGCUGAUCCCUCCUGCGCCACUCCCGGAGCCCCCUGGGAUGAGAGAGCAGGCUCCGGGUACGCAGCAACCACAGCCAGAGAGGAGAGGCCAAUACGGCAGGUGGCUCCGUAUAGCCAAGCUGCCAUGCCACCCACUGCACAGACACCCUCCCGACAACUUCCUCAAGAGGAGGAGGAAGAAGAUGAGGCCAAUAGCUAUGACUCCGAUGAAGCAACAACUUUGGGAGCUUUGGAAUUCAGCCUCCUGUACAACCAGGAAAACAGCUCUUUGCACUGUGCCAUCAUCAAGGCAAAGGGACUGAAGCCAAUGGACUCCAACGGGCUGGCCGAUCCUUACGUCAAGCUCCAUCUUUUACCAGGAGCCAGCAAGUCCAACAAACUGAGGACAAAGACCCUGAGGAACACCCGGAACCCGACGUGGAACGAGACGCUGGUGUAUCACGGCAUCACAGAUGAAGACAUGCAGCGGAAAACACUAAGGAUUUCUGUGUGCGACGAGGACAAAUUUGGUCAUAACGAGUUCAUUGGUGAGACGAGAGUGGCUCUGAAGAAGCUGAAGGCCAACCAGAAGAAGAACUUCAACAUCUGCCUGGAGAGAGUCAUACCGAUGAAGCGUGCCGGGACAACUAGCUCGUCACGAGGAAUGGCCUUAUAUGAAGAUGAGAUGGAUCCUGGGCACAACGUGGAGGAGAGAGGCAAAAUCUUGGUGUCCCUCAUGUACAGCACCCCAAAAGGAGGACUCAUUGUCGGCAUUGUGCGCUGUGUCCACUUAGCAGCUAUGGAUGCCAAUGGCUACUCAGACCCGUUCGUUAAAAUUUGCUUGAAGCCUGACAUGGGGAAGAAAGCCAAGCAGAAGACGCAGAUUAAAAAGAAGACUUUGAAUCCUGAGUUUAAUGAGGAGUUUUUCUAUGAUAUCAAGCACAGUGACCUAGCCAAGAAAUCACUCGAUAUCUCAGUUUGGGAUUACGACAUUGGCAAGUCCAACGACUACAUUGGUGGGUGCCAGCUGGGCAUCACGGCCAAAGGUGAACGCUUAAAACACUGGUAUGAGUGUCUGAAGAACAAGGAUAAGAAAAUUGAGCGCUGGCACGCUUUGCAAAAUGAGAACCACGUGGCCAGUGAUUAGAAGGCUCCCCUCGGCCCACCCUCCUCUGCCAGUCCACUGUAGGUUUCCGACAUCUCGUCUUCCAACACGGUUGUGUUCCUGUCUCUCCUGGGAAAAGAGACCUCCUUCCCAGGAGUGGCCUCUCUCCUUCACUGUUCUCAUGCCAAGGAUGACCCUGAUUCUAUUUUAUGUUUGUAUUGUGAUCCAUUUUGACUGCCCUCCUCCCCCAGGAGUAUUGAUGUACAAAUUUUCGAGCAAUAGCCUAGCACUGACCAUUUUUACUUUGGCCUCUGCUUCCUGGCAGCUGAACGUCAGUCUCUUUAUCCCUGUUCUGCUUUUUCCCAUCUAAAUGACCUUGAGCCCAACAUUCUCUUUCCUCUGGUUUCGAUUUCUGCAUGUGGAACAUCCUCUUGCUCCACUCAUUCCGACCCUCCCAUCACCCUGUAUAAAAUGAAAUACUUUUAGCAUCGCUGUCAGAAAAUGCACGGCUAUGGUCCUUUGAUCUGGCUGCUUUGAGCAUGGAGGCAGCAGCGAAAAUACGCAAGUGCGGGACAGCUGAAACUUUCACUGUAGCAAGCAAAAGAGCAUCUCUGCCUGGGUGCUGAUUCUUAACACAGUGUAGCACCUGCCUUUUUUUAAUCGUGCAUUUUCGCCCAUGGGCUGAUGCCGGGGUUCGCUUCUGAGUGGUGCAUUUAUUGCAGUGCCCAACACCACUGGUCACUACAAUACUUCAAGCAGGAAGGAUGAGGCCUUCUUUCUUCUCCGGUUGGUGACUAGAUUGGUCAAAAGGCCCAUCGAAAACCAACAGCCCCUGUGCUGUUGUGCAAGCCCUAUUCAUUCCAAUGGUGCUUGUUUAGGAGGCGUUCCCAGUGGAUCUUAUCCUCUUGUGUUUUUAUUUCAUAUCAGGGACAGCCCAUCCAUUAGGUACACCUGGGCGAUUGCCUAGCAUGCCAGAGAUGGAGGGACAGCAACCAACCCUGUCUUCCCUAGGGUGCCCAAAAGCCGAGGGCCAGCCCUGUUUCAUAUGAAGAGAAGGAGAGUUGGCACACUCUUGAAAUCCAGGGUGGCCUUGGUUGUCCCAGGACAAACUCUCUCACGGACUUGCUGUGGCUCAAAGCGCAAGAGGCACCUCUUCUUUUUGAUGUCCUUCUUGGUGGAAUAUGUCCUUUAGAAACCAAAACCUUGGCACGGUAGCUUUGCAUUUAUGUUAUUCCAAGAAGAUUCAUGAAGCCUCUCCUGCAUGUCAUAGCCGUGCUACUUUGUCUGACCGAUAAGAGUCAUCUGAUGCGUCGGAACUGGGGGUUCCCAGGCAAGGGGUGGCCGUGGAUUGGCCCGUUACAAGGAAAGUGUCUGCUGUGGACUUCCCCGGUAAGUUAAAGGGCCAGUCCACCCCAGCAGUGACCAGUCCCUCUGCAUGUGGGUCUUCCUGCAGAGAGAGAGAG